GCGGCGCUUGCAGCAAUCAAACUUGCGACAAUGUGCCUCAGCCUCAUACAUUCCUCCCUUCCUGUUGGUCCUGCGAUGCAGAGGACGCAACUGAUUCAAAAGACAUUCGCACCCCAUUUUAAGCGCCUUAACGACGUCCUAUCGCGCAUUCGGCUCGGAUUUGCGUCCGCAAACGAGGCAUUACGCAUCAGCACAGCACCGACGACACCACGGCCUGGACGACUUCCACAACCAAUCUUGUUCUCCGGCCCGGCACGUCCUUCUGUCGCGUACUUCAGCCAACUUGCAGCGACCGGGAUCGAGUUGAACGCGAAUCGGCUUAUGACGUUUCCACCCGGUGCUAUUAAGAAGGUGCAAUCGGGGGAGACCCCGGUCUUCAAGCUGCCCGAACCAGUCGUAUUUGAAGGUCGCGCAAAACGGAGCUCAACUUCAUGGUUGCAUCGAGAAGGAUGGAUCGAUUGUCAGAGCUACGCGGAGGUUCCCCGUUUGCAUUUUCGGAUCUUAUAUCGGGUUUAACGUAGUGUGCAGAGGGUUCAUAUUCAGCUUUUUAUGGGGGUAGCAUUGUUACGGCUUUGCAUUGGAACAUAUUGAUGCGCAUCG